CUGUUGACCAAGAUAUUGCUCGGUUUUACGUCCCGAUGCAUUAUAGCGUGUUUAUCUUCGCAGGUAACUUAAACCUUCAAAACCUGUAAAAGAGAAAUGAUAACUCGCAACGACACGAUCCAUAAUCAGAAGUAAGCGAGUGAUCGAGCAAACAAACAAACGAGCACUCAAGUUGGCAGUGAGAUAACGGAUCGUCGUAACUGCGACUGUCACGCGAAGAAAGAGGAGGAAGAGGAAGAGGAAGAGGAAGAGGAAGAGAAGAAAAGAUUUUUACAUCGAGUGUCAAGUUGUACGUAUCCAUAAGAAUAUCCGUUGCGUUAAAAAAAUGCAAGGCGUCUUCACGGCACAGCGAGUAACGCAACAGUCGACUCGUGGGACUCUCAUUCGGCAUCAACCGGAGAAGAGCAUAUCCGCCACACACCUGCACAAGAAGAAACUGACCGAGCAGGAGAUACAAGAGUUGCAUCAAGAAUUGGAGACCGUCGAUCACAUUAUAGCUUUGGAGGCUCUGUACGAGCGGCUGGGCACAAACGCGGAAACGGGCUUGACGAAAGAGCAGGCGUGCAGGAUCAUGGAACGAGACGGACCAAACGCUCUGUCACCACCCAAGGUUACACCGGAAUAUAUCAAAUUUUUCAAAUGCAUGUUCCAUGGAUUCGCCUCGAUGCUCUGGAUUUGCGCGGUUCUGUGCUUCAUCCUGUACGCCGUCACUCACUGGACGCGGGAGGUGGACAUCGGUAUCGCGUGGCUGGGUAUAAUCAUCGUGCUGAUAUGCAUCACCUCGGGGGUGUUCGCCUACAUACAAGAGAGUAAAAAUAUCAAAGUGAUGGAAUCCUUCAAAAUGAUGGUGCCCACCUUCGCUACGGUGAUACGCGACGGCACGAAAUCACGACUGGACACGGAAAUGUUGGUAUUAGGCGACUUGGUGGAGAUACGGAUGGGCGAUAAAAUACCGGCCGACAUUAGGAUAAUCGAGUGCCGCGGACUUAGAGUCGAGAACUCGAGCAUCACCGGCGAGAGCGAGCCGGUGGUGCGCACCGAUUAUCCCACCGACAAGAAUCCCCUCGAAUCCGCCAACGUGGCCUUCUCCACAUCGUUCGCUGUAGCGGGUGACGGCAGGGGAAUCGUGAUCGCCACAGGCGACCACACCAUGAUAGGCCGUCUGGCCGGUCUGACGUCGCAACUCGCAAAGAUCGAGACACCGAUCGCCAAGGAGAUCGGACAUUUCGUUCGAAUCAUUACAAUCGUGGCGAUUAUAUGCGGUCUGACGUUUUUCGGCUUGUCGCUGUUGCUCGAUCCCAAUAUUAUACGGGCGUUUACCUAUCUGCUCGGUAUAGUGAUCGCCAAUAUACCCGAAGUCCUGCUGGUGACCGUGACGACAGUCUUGACGCUGACCGCUCAGAAAAUGGCAAGUAAGAAUUGUCUGGUGAAAAAUCUCGAAGCGGUCGAGACUCUAGGUUCGACAUCAAUCAUUUGCUCCGAUAAGACGGGAACGCUCACGCAGAACAAAAUGUCCGUGUCUAAUCUCUGGUUCGGCCAUACCAGGUAUAACUUUCCACCAGGUCAGAUAAUCGGCGUCGAGAGAGAUCUGUUGUUGGAAAAACCAGCUUUCGGCGCGAUGCUAAGAGCCGCUACUCUCUGUCUACGCGCCGAAUUCACCGCCGAGUCAUUCAUGUUGGCGCCUAUCGAAGAGCGCGAGAUCAUCGGCGACGCGUCCGAGACAGGUAUUCUCAAGUUCUGCGAACACAUUCAUUCGACACAGCGAUAUCGUGAGGCUCAUCCGAAAGUAGCUGAGAUUCCUUUCAGCUCCGUGACCAAAUAUCAUAUGUCGAUACAUCGGGACGAUACUUACGGCUACAUCAUGAUCCUCAAGGGCGCCCCGGAAGUUAUACUAGACAAUUGCACGACGAUAUUGACGUCCGACGGGGAAACGAGAGAGAUGACCGUCAACGAUCACUCUAUAUCUCGUCGAGCCUGUCUCGAAUUGGGCUAUCUCGGUGAGCGCAUCUUGGCGUAUUGCGACUUGUAUCUACCCGCCAGUGUAUACGGACCGAAUUACAAGUUCAACACCGACUCGCCCGCGUCUUACAACUUUCCCGUCAAGGAAUACAGGUUCGUCGGGCUGAUAAGUCUGCAGGAUCCUCCGAGACCCGGUGUACCGGAGGCGGUGCACAAGUGUCGCACCGCCGGUAUCAAGGUGAUAAUGGUGACGGGCGAUCACCCGGUAACAGCGACGGCGAUCGCCAAGAAAGUCGGUAUCAUAAGCGAGGGUCACGAGACUCGUUACGAGCGAGCGUUCCUACAGAAUAAAUCUCUCACUCAACUGAUCGAUUCUCAAAUCGACAUCGGGAGCGCGAUCGUGAUGACCGGCGCCGAAUUGAGGAACAUGGAUGCGAGCGAAUUGGAUAACGUUGUACGCCGAUAUGAGGAAAUCGUGUUCGCAAGGACGUCGCCUCAGCAAAAGCUACUGAUCGUGGAGAGUUGUCAACGGCUGGGAGAGAUCGUGGCGGUUACCGGCGACGGUGUCAACGACGCGCCGGCGUUGCGGAAGGCCGACAUAGGGAUAGCGAUGGGAAUCGCUGGCUCCGACGUCGCCAAGAACGCCGCGGAUAUGAUACUUAUGGAUGACAAUUUCGCGUCAAUCGUCACCGGUGUUGAGGAGGGUCGCUUGAUAUUCGACAAUUUGAAGAAAUCGAUCGCGUACACGUUGACAUCGAGCGUUCCGGAGAUGUUGCCCAUGUUAAGCGGCCUGUUGUUCGCGAUUCCCUUACCGCUGGUCAUCGAGCUGGUUAUUUGUAUAGAUGUCGGCACCGAUCUCGUUCCCGCGAUCGCUCUAGCCUACGAGAAGGCAGAGUCCGAUAUAAUGCGUCGAGCGCCGAGAAAUCCUCAGUACGACAAGCUCGUAAACAAACGUUUGAUAUCCGUCGCUUAUGGUCAGAUCGGAAUGACGCAGUCAUUUGCCGGAUUUUACACUUACUUUAUGGUGCUUAUGAUGAACGGCUUUAUGCCCAAUCGUUUGUGGGGCUUACGAAUAGAAUGGGAGAACCCAUCCAUCAACGAUCUACAAGAUUCCUGGGGCCAAACAUGGUCCUAUCAAAACAGAAUGAAUCUACUGAUGGAAGCACAGAGCGGAUAUUUUCUUUCCAUCGUCAUAACGCAAAUGAUAGAUCUGGUCAUGUGCAAGACCAGACGCAAUUCUAUUUUUCAACAAGGAAUGAGCAACUGGUUCGUCAAUUUCUCCUUCGUUUUCGAAGUUAUUCUAACAGGGUUGUUGCUCUAUGUUCCAGGCACGGAGUACAUAUUCAAGACUAUGCCACUGAUGGUUUAUUGGUAUUGGCCUUGCUUGCCGCUAGGCGUAUUCCUUUGGGUCUACGACGAAUUGAGGCGUUUAUGUAUUCGUCUUUUUCCAGGUGGAAUUAUGGAAAGAGAAACAUAUUAUUGAAACACACGCGUAUUUUUUUUUUUUUUUUUUUUUUUCGUUUAUCUCACAUGGUUAUUUCCAGACACGAAUAAUUAUAUCAAUAAACUCGCAACGUCUCGUCACGCCCUUUCUCAAGCGUGUCAGACAAUCAGUCAGACAAUCUCGAUAACCG